AUGAUAAUGGGCGUCGUCAACAUUCCCCAAACGAUACGAUUGAUUGCACAUUUCGACGACCUGGACGAGGUCAUCGAGAUCCUGAUGAGGCCUCUUCUAACGUUCGUCGUGUGUCUGGUCAAGCUUCUUCACAUGUGGUUGUUCAAGGAAGUCAUGAGGCCGAUCGUCGCCUCCAUUGCCGAGGAUUGGACGACCCCGAAGACCAAAAGCCAGGAAAAUUUGAUGCUGAAGUACGCUCGGCUGACCAGGAAAAUAUCUGCGACGUUCUUCAUAGUCGGCUACCUGGCCCUUCUUUUUUACGUAAUCAUAUAUACGUUCACCGAGGUGCAGAGGAAAUAUCCUAACGGCACCGAAGUUCACCGAGAAUUUUUAUUUCACGCCGACUACAUUUACGACACCUCCAGUACGCCCGUUUACUUGAUUGUUUGCAGUCUUCAAGUACUGACCGUCAUGUACGCCGCUUUGUCGUUCUUCACGUUCGACUUUUUCUUCGCUAUGAUGAUAUUACACUUAUGCGCUCAAAUCGCGAUCCAGCGAGCUGUUAUACAAAAUCUUGACUUAGGUCAUUCCAACGGGGAGAAAAAAGUCAAUUUUCAGGGAAUUCUUCGCUCCCUCGUCACAAGGCACGACCAUCUCUGUUGGUUUGCCGGAAAGGUGGAGGACUCCUUCAACAUGGUUUCUCUCAGUCUUCUGCUCACCUGCAGCAUUCAGUUCUGUCUUUUGGGAUACAGGUUCAUAGAGACCCUGAUGACGGGAACAAGGGAGGCGAUCAUUAUGGAAGGAGGUUUCCUGGCGAUGUAUACUUCAUCAUUGGGACUGAUUUUGUUUCUCUUCUGUUAUCUGGGUCAGUGUCUGCACGACGAGAGUACGGGUUUCUGCAAUUCCUGUUACGAGUGCGAAUGGUACAAUUUGUCUCCGCAAGAUGCGAGAUGUAUUAUCGUGUUAAUGAUUCGCUCUCAGUGUCCCCUCGAAAUAACUGCAGGGAAAUUUUCAGCAUUAUCAUUCGUCACCUGCGCUCAAAUUUUGCAAACCUCGCUCGGAUAUAUGUCCAUGUUGAUUGCUGUCAAGAGCAAGCAGCUCGAGAUGGAAAAUUAAUUACGGUACCGAUUAGACAUGAUAACGAGCCUAAUCAGUUUGAGCUGAAUCCUACUCGUACUAGUGAACGGAUGCUUUCGGAAUGGAACCGACUAUGUUAUUUUUUUUGUUGUUAAAUAAUUCUAAAUAUACUCACC